GUCCUUUCCGUAGAGUGGCAUCGUUGAAUUUCGAUAUUGCAUCAAAGUUAAAUAAUAUUAAAUCCUGGACAUGGCUCAAACCGGUAGCGGAGGUCCUCUUAGUUCUUUAGCAUUAUUACUCGGUGCCUCUGAGCCGGCACUUAGAUUAUUGUGUACAAUCUUGCUUGGCUAUCCACUAGCGUUACUGCAUCGCUACCUGUUAUUUGGAAAAUCUGCAACAUUACAACAUUUAUUCUUUAUUACAUGUGGGUUGACCUUAGGAAUUUUCAAUUAUGGUUUUGAUAUAUUUCAUUCUGUUUUUUGUGUGCUUGUUGUAUAUAUUAUUCUCAUCACAAUUGGUGGCACAUUCAAGUCGGUUGUCAUAUCAUUUUUUUUCCUUAUGGGAUACUUAAUAUAUGGAUAUUAUAUUACUGGAACAGAUGAAUAUGAUAUAAAAUGGAGCAUGCCACAAUGUGUUUUAACAUUGAGAUUAAUUGGUCUUGCUUAUGAUGUUUUUGAUGGUCAGAAACCUGAGGAAAAACUAUCCACUGAACAAAAGAAAACAGCUUUAAAAAAGUGCCCUUCAUUGCUGGAAGUUGCUGGGCAUACAUACUUUUUUGGAGGAUUCAUGGUUGGACCUCAGUUUCCCAUGAAACGAUACAUUGAUUUUAUUGAGGGGAGAUUUCCUGGAAAAGAUUUAUCUGGAAAGCCAUCCUGUGUUGUUGCUGGCUUCAGACGCUUAGGUCUUGGAUUUCUAGUUUUAUCUUUAUAUCAAAUUGGAAACAUGGUCAUUCCAGAAAAAACUUUACUCUCUGAUGAGUUUAUGGAUUAUUCUCUAUGGAAAAAACUUCUCAUUAUAGGAAUAUGGGGAAAAAUUGUUCUGUAUAAAUAUAUGGCUUGUUGGUUGAUAUCAGAAGGUAGCUGUAUAAUAACUGGAAUGACGUUUAAUGGGAAAGAUGCAAAUGGAAACAACCAGUGGGAUGGCUGUGCCAAUGUGAAAUUGUGGGAUUUCUCUGUAACAAUAACUUUUGAAGGCAUCAUUAAAUCGUUUAACAUUAAUACCAAUCUGUGGGUUGCACAAUAUGUGUUUAAACGUCUGAAGUUUCUUGGCAAUCGCUUAAUUUCCCAAGCAGCUGCUCUACUCUUCUUGGCCAUCUGGCAUGGUUUGCAUUCUGGUUACUAUCAUUGUUUUAUAAGCGAAUUUAUUGUGAUGUAUUUUGAAAAAGAUGUUGAAGAUAUCUUAGACAAGCGUUUGCCAAAAUUGAAAGCUCGUUUGACUCAAGGUGCCUUGAAGAUUCCUGUAUUGAUUUUCUUGAAAAUAUAUGUGGACGUUUUUAUGGGUUAUUGCCUAGUUAGCUUUGCUAUGCUCUCCUGGAGUAAAUACAUGAAGGUCUAUGGCUCUGUGUAUUACAUUGGGCAUAUAUUUUAUAUGUCAUGGCCACUUUUGUCACCCCUUGUUAGAAUGCUUCUUCCAAAAGCAAGAGUGAAAGAUGAGAAACACAAGACUCAAUAACUAAAAACUACAAUAGUCUAUAUGAGAAAAAACUGUUAUAAGAAAUUAAGUGAAUCACCGAAGAAAUAGAAAAUGUUAUUUUCUGUAAUAAGUGCACCUUUUCAUCAUUGUUGCUUCAUACCAAAUAAUUUAUUCAUAUUCCGUAUUUUGUGUUAGUAUUGGCUAUUUUUGUAUAAGCAAUGAAAUACAGUUUGAUAAAAUUUCAUUUUGCAAUUGGAGAGAAAUAUAUUUUACUCCUUUAUUAAAAGCGAAGGAUUAUAGAUCCUGCUAUAUUCAAAAUUUCACAUUGUCAAUUUUCUUAAAUCCAGAAAUUCUGGAGCUGAGGAAUAAUCUUAUUUUAAAGAAAGCACAUUUAAUUAUGUGGAUAAUAUAUCAAUGAAAAUCUAAAUUAACUUUACAUAUUGAUAAUUUAAAAAUUGUCAGUAAAACUUUGUAAUAUUACUGAGUCCCAUUAACUCAAAAUACCUGUACAGUUUUUAGGCCAGAAAACUUUUGAGAAGGAUUUUACAAAUGGUAAAUAUUUUAAGAGAUAAUUAUAUUAUACACACUGACAGAUUAACCAAAUUUCUCAUUUAUAAUUUAAUUAUCAUAUUUAAUAUGUAUAUUUAAUAUGGUGUUUAAACAUGCAUAUUUACAUCCAUGACAUGAAAGAAGCAUUCUGUGAAUUAAAAUGUGUUGGUGAUCCUACUGAACUUGAAAAAUAGUUUUAAAUAGUAUUAUUUCAGUGAUCAUCAGAAAUUAAACAACCACAUUCCCCCUAAAAAAUAAUUGGAAUAAUGCAUGAAAAAGUAAUUAAAAAAACUAUAUAUAAUUUGCUUCAUUAAUAAAUAAUUUGAAAAUAUGUCUUGUAUAAAUAUCUAAUACUUUUACAUCCUUUAUGAAUUAUAGUUUUAUUCUUGAUAGUUUUUAGGAUUUUGGAAUUAAGUCACAAUCACCCCUGAAUUAAAUUCCAAAAAAAUACAAAGCUGUUAAAUAUAUUUAGCUGAUAAUAAUAUUCUGUUACAAUCAGUUACCUAAUGUAAAUAAACAUGGUUUGCAAUUUUUUAAGGAUUCAUGUUGAUAUGUGAAGAGCCAAGACAUGCUAUACAAGGAAUGUGAAGCAAGCUUUAUUUAAUGCUUCUUGUUAAUUUUUGUUUUAAUGUCUGAGUAUAAAACAUUCCACAUGUUUGAAAGUUUGUUUGUUAGAGUACUUAAUAUGUAUAAACAUUUGUUUGUAGAUAAGAUUAAUAUAUUUUACCAUGUUUGAAAGGUUGCGGAUCAUUUUGUGAUGCAUCAUGAAAUAAGAAUAGGUUGUAAAAUUAGUUGUGAUCUGUCUUUUAGGAGAACAAAUUUUGUGUUAUGCACAUACUAUUAGGAAAGUAUUUUACAAAUUUUAACUUGAGAUAAUCAUAAAGAUACCUUCCUUCAUCUGUGCAAGCUAAUGUCUUGUAUUUUUUUACACAUUUUUCAUUUUUUAAGAGAUAUUGAAAUGUGCAUUUUUUGAAGUUUUCAAAUUAAUAACUUCAUUUUUUUUAAUGCAUGUAACUCUGAUAUUUUGUAUACAUUUCUGAAAUAAAAUCUAUAACUUUUGAAACUUCUAAAAUUGCUUUCUUUUUUAAUAUAUAUAUAAUUGCAUGUCUAUAAGUUAUAUAUUAUGAAAAAUAUGUUGUAUUUAUUCUUCUCUGAAAAUUUUACUGAAAUGAGAAAAACUUGAAAUGUUCAACCCAUUUUAUACUAUCUUUUGAAUCAAUGAGUACUUUGGAAAGAAAUUUGAUAUUCAUAUUCACUUUAUAAAGCAGAAAUUGAACAAGCAUGAUUUUUUGCUUGCUAAUCUUUGUUUUGCACUCAAAAUUGUAUUUCAAAAUAAUAUUUACAAAAUGAAUAUAUCAUAUGUACAGAAAAAACAAUGUCUAUGACUUAAGUAUCGAAAUGCCAUUCAAAGGUGUUCAAAUCUUGUGUAAUAAUCAAUCAAUAAAAAUUUUUAAAGUUGCAUUUCUUAACAAACACAUGUAAAGUAGCAUUACUCAUAAGAAGGAAAAACUAUUUUUUGCUUUAAAUAAAAUGAAUGUAUUACAUCUAAUAAUGUAUGAUCUCAAUUUCCUGUUGAAUCUUUGAUAAAUUCAGCUUUUGCUAUAGCUUAUUAAUCAGCUUUAUUCAAUUAAACCAGCUUUGAUAAUAUGCAUAUUAGUCAAUUUGGAUAUGCAUAUGCUAUUAAUGAGGAAUCAUGGAUCUGAAUGAAGCAAGUUUACUUGAAAAUCAUAGCAGUACCAUCUGCAAUCCUAAAUUUUUAUGCAAUUUUUGUUUGUCUCCAUAUAUUUUAUUUGACCUUUCAUUUUGCAUUAUAUUGAAUAUAUUACAAAGAUGAUGUUCCUGUAUUUCUCACCCUAGAAAUAUAUUUUCAAAUAUCCAUGUUAUCAGUAAUUUUUGUUAGCAUUUCUUUAUUAUGGUAAAGGAAAAUAUUUGUGCAAUAACAAUUCAUUAUAUGGUAUCCAAAUACCUUUAUUUAGGAUGUAAGCCAUUUGGAUUGAUGUCAUCUUUUAUAGUAGCUCAUGGUAAAUCAGUUUCAUAAUUUUUUUUUUCAUCUACUACUUGCAAAGCUUAUAACUUGUUGCAUUUGAAUUGAAAUGAAUUACAAUGUCAUUAUGCUCAUGUAUAUUAAUGUCAUAAAAUGGCAAUGGAAGGUAUAAAAUUCUUAUUAGAUAAUGCAAUAUAAAUUUUGUUAUAUAUUGUUUAAUUAUCCUAUUAAUUGUCACUAUUGUAUCACCCACUGGGAUUCUCAGUACCUGUAUUUGUUAUUGAGUUAACUCCUUAACAUUUGAAAAAUCUGGGGAGAUUUGCUCUCCAGUUCUAUUCUUUUUUAUUUGAACAUGGUUCAUUUUUGAAGCAAAAGUAGUAUGUUUUGUAAUAGAGGAAGGGAUCCUUAUUUUUUUACAGUAAGAAACUACCAAAUAAAAUUUAUAUUCUUUUCAUGAGAUAGUAUUCUAUCUAUCCUUAAAAUGAUAGAAAAUAUUCAUCCAGCACUGUUAUACAUUUAUAUAAAAAAUAAUAAAUGAAUUGAAUUUUUAAAGAAAGGAACACAGUCCAUCAAUCCAAAUGGUAAGAGUAAUUUCAAAUUGUGAAUUUUAUUGAAUAUUUCAUGAUAUUUUUAUGCUAAAAUUAUUUUUGAAAUAUAAUUUUUGAUAAAUUUAUGAAAUUUUGUG